AUGAAACGGUCAACGUAUCCACAUCAUCAACACAACCUCGAGUUUCUCCUUUGUCUGAAUCGCCCCUUUUUCCUCCCGGAUCAGCUUCAGUGCAUAAAAACCUCUGAAGUUCUGGGUUUGAAAAUGGAGGAGGCGGGUUUGUUGUUGUGUUGUUCUGUCGACUGUAGGUUUCAACAGGAAAAUUAUGCAGGUCUUUUUUUCGUGGUGGUGAGUUCAUUUGGGUUUAUAAGAGUGAAUGCCGUAUUCUCUUUUCGCGUGACGUGGCUGUUGCGAACGAGGCUACCAAAUGAGGUAUGA